CCACAGAGACACAGAACCCCUCCCAAACCCCAAAGAGACUUUUACUUUUGCGCUUUCCACCGACGAGGUCCGGUCCUGUGCUCUCCCCGUAUUACUUCGAUCCAAAGGAAUCCAUCUCCUCAACCACCGGUUUUGAACAGAUCUCCCAUUUCCUCCAUCAGAUCCCUCCCCUCCAUAUCUCCAAACGAAUUGAGCCAGUAAGUUGUGGUUUUUUAUAGGUCAGGACUAAUGGCACCCAGUACGAUCCGCAAGGCUAUCGGUGCUGUGAAAGACCAAACUAGUAUUAGCAUAGCCAAGGUGGCCGGAAACAUAGCCCCGGAUCUCGAAGUCUUGGUCGUAAAAGCAACCACCCACGACGACGAUCCCGCCGAAGAGAGGCACAUUAGGGAAAUCAUAAACCUGACCACGUACUCCAGAGGGUAUGUGAGUGCGUGCGUCGCCACCAUAUCGAAGCGGCUUAGCAAGACCCGCGACUGGAUUGUGGCCCUCAAGGCUUUGAUGCUUGUGCAUAGAGUCUUGGUUGAUGGGCAUCCCUCGUUUGAGGAGGAGAUUGUUUAUGCGACCCGUAGGGGUAUGCGGGUCUUGAAUAUGUCGGAUUUUAGGGACGAGGCGCACUCGAAUUCGUGGGAUCACUCGGGUUUCGUGAGGUUCUACGCUGCGUAUUUGGAUGAGAAGGUCGAGAGCGUGGUCUAUGAGAAGAAAAUGAAAGGUGUGGAUAAGAGGGAGGAUAGGUACAAGGAUGAAAUUGAAAAUGGAAUGGGUAGGAGGUCGAGAUCUUAUGGGGAUGUUAGUGAAUCGGUUGAGAGGGAGAAGACAAGAGAGACACCGAUGAGGGCUAUGCGGCCCGAGAGGGUUUUAGGGAAGUUGAACCAGUUGUUGAGAAUUCUUGACCGGAUACUGGCUUGUAGGCCAACCGGUGCGGCUAAGAGUAGUAGGUUGGUGCUGGUAGCGCUUUACCAGAUUGUGAGGGAGAGUUUUGGGGUUUAUGUGGAGAUAUGCGAGGCACUGGGGAUAUUGUUGGAUAGGUUCACAGAGAUGGAGUACGCAGAUUGUGUUAAAGGUUUUGAUGCUUAUGUUAGCGCGGCAAAGGCGAUUGAUGAGCUUAUGGGGUUCUAUAAUUGGUGUAAGGAUAUGGGUAUUGCAAGGUCCUCUGAGUAUCCUGAAGUCCAAAGGAUUACCGAUAAGCUUUUGGGGACGCUCGAGGGGUUCUUGAGGGAGAUGACAAACAAGCCAAAGAGCCCUGAGAGAAUUAGGGAGGACAUGGCGCCAGUGAAGGAAGAGGUGGAGCAGGAUAUGAAUGAGAUAAAGGCUCUUCCUCCGCCAGAGAAUUAUACCCCUCCACCUCCAUCUCAACCUGAGCCUAAGCCACAGCCUCAGCAGGUGCAAGUGACUGAGGACUUGGUGAAUUUGAGGGAUGAUGCUAUUUCAGCUGAUGAGCAAGGCAACAAAUUGGCUUUGGCUCUGUUUUCUGGACCAACAGCAAUGAAUACAAAUGGCUCAUGGGAAGCUUUCCCUUCAAAUGGAGAGCCUGAGGUGACUUCGGCAUGGCAAACACCUGCUGCGGAGAUCGGUAAAGCAGAUUGGGAGUUAGCAUUGGCAGAAUCGGCUAGUAAUCUAUCGAAGCAGAAGGCUACAUUGGGGGGUGGGUUUGAUCCAUUGCUACUGAAUGGAAUGUAUGAUCAGGGGGCAGUGAGGCAGCAUGUGAGCACCACUCAAUUAAGUGGUGGAAGUGCAAGUAGUGUGGCGUUGCCUGGGCUAGGCAAGAGUGCUACACCAGUGCUGGCGCUGCCUGCUCCGGAUGGGACAGUCCAGGCAGUAGGGCAGCAGGACCCCUUUGCGGCGUCCCUUGCAGUACCACCUCCUUCAUAUGUACAAAUAGCUGAUAUGGAGAAGAAGCAACACUUGCUUGUGCAGGAACAGCAGCUCUGGCAGCAGUAUGGAAGGGAUGGGAUGCAAGGCCAAGUGAGUUUGGCCAAGAUUGCUGGUGGCUCUGGCUACUAUGGCCCAAGCCCUCAACAAAUGAUGCCUUAUGGUAUGCCACAGGUCGGUGGCAUGGGACAGCCCAUGCCAGGCGGAUACUACUACGCACCCUAUUGAAAUGGCUGUCUUUAGAGAAGGGUUUGUUCUUCUUAUGAUGCAGAUAAACAUUUUCCUUUGCCAUCCUCUUUUCUAAUUUGGAAGAUUUUCUAUGUUCCUCGUUGUUUUCCACCGUUUUUUUAAUCUUUACUUGGAUUGUAAGGAGUGAAAGACAUACGUGGUUUCGAACAAUAGGGAGUACAUAUAAUAUAAUGAAAGCGGUUGUUAUUUGUU